UCGCGGUGGUGGCGGCGGUGGCUGCGGAUGAAACCCGCGGCCGACUCCGGGCGUUCAAAUCACGCUCGAUCGCGGCGGCACCCGUUGCUGCAACUCUCUCUCAUCCGCGGCCAAGUCGCUCCUCGACGAGUGGCAAUCGCGAGCACACUUCCGGGCCGCGUCCACGAACCGCGCCGUAAACUUGUCGACGAGCCGCGCCGUACAACGCGUCCAGCUCUCUGGAUUAAUCGCGGUCCCAGCAAAGGAGACCGAACACCUCCGCAUGUUUUUCUCGUGAUCUUUCUGUGCUGCUAUGCCUCGAUCAUACCCGACCGGUCGAACAGCCGAGUCUCCGGAGCGGUACUCAAGUUAAUCGAGUCGUUGGAUCGGGUUCUCGAGAAUGUACAGCCUGUACAGAGCCUGGUUCGGCGACAGUGUUGCCGGGGACAGUUACUCCAGGCUUCAAGAGACUCUGUCGCCUCCCGACACCGUGGUUCGAGUGGGGAACGAGGGGGAACACCAGUUUGUCGCUCACAAGGGAGUCCUGGCUGCUCACAGCGGCUAUCUGAAGGCUCUGCUGAGCAGCGCUGCCGCGUCCCCGAAUGUUAGUGCGAACGCGAGCGUUGCCUCUUGCAGCAACAUGCCAGCAACGGCUAUCGCGGUCACCACGACCAACCUUUCGGGACAAUCGCCGAGACCGGUUACCUCGGUCUCGGUUUCCUCUAUCGGCGGAGAAGCGUUCGCGCCCCUGUUGAACUACAUGUACACGGGCCGGCUGGAAGUGACGCUGGACAACGUUUACAGCGUGCUGUUGGCCACGCAUUUGUUGCACAUGCCUGGUGCCCUCGAGCAGUGCCGUGCAGCGUUGCUGCGGCUCAGGGCCCCGCCGCCUCUGCCGACACCGAUACCGGUCCCGGUCCCGGUACCGGUCGCCCCGACCUCGACCCUCACGUCGACCUCCAUGUCCAUGUCGACGUCGACGCCGGGCGCCGGAAGCAUCCUCAGACCGAUACCGAACCGGCUGAUGAUCGAGCCGAGCAUGUGCUGGCCGACGACGCCGCUUUACCCACCGACCGCGCCGCCGGCUCCUGCGGCAAUCGGAUUAUCGCACCUGCCACGACUGCAACCGUCGGUGCUUUUGCAAUCGACGGUCCCGCUGAACGUUUCCGUGGUCCCGACCACCGUCGGCCAGGAAACCACCGCGCGUUACAGCGACGUGCCCUCGCCGAAACCGACGCCGUACCAGUUCGACAGAAGCCGAGGCCCGUGUCGAGAGAGCCGGCAGAAAUCGCCGGAGAGCAUGGCGAGGUCGUUCAGCGUGGCGGCUUUCAGCGCGCUGGCGUGUUCCACGUCGACGAGACCGGUGUCCCCGGCCCGAUCGGUAUCGCCGGCACCGUCCUCCGAGUCGCAGUCCUCGAUACCGUCGAACCCGGGCAAUAAGUCGUCGUCGGAGUCGGAGCAGCGGCAGGCGAAAGAGGAGAAGGCGUCGAACUCGAAGAGCGUACAGGCGAAAAAACGAAGCCCGUCGCCGUUGAUGGACGAAGCCGGCGUCGUGGCUUGCAAUCGCGAGAGAACGAACGAGGACACCAACGACCGGAGCGGCAAGUCGGCGAAGAAGAAGCGCGGCAGCUCGAGUUCCGCGAACGGGAACGAGUCGUCGAGCGGUGUCCUGUCGGUGGUGUACGACGUGGCCUGCUGCGACGGCCCGAUCAAGUUCCACCGGGUUCUCAACGAGAACUACUCGCCGUCGGCUUCCUGCGGGAGCAGCCCGGCCUCCCAGGCAAGGCUGCAAAGGUGCUUCGAAGCGGAGAACGCCUCCGGCAGGGAGAACGAUGAGAAUGGAGGACCGGCCGGAAACGGCUGCGACCCGAUGGCCGUUGCGAUCGACACCGAGGCCGGGAACGCCGCCGGCGGAAGCUACACCUGCGGAUACUGCAGGCACACCUUCAAGUCCCAAUAUUGUUACCGGAAGCACACCAAGAGGCACUUGCUGCCGACCAGGCUGAACGAGUCGUCCAGCGUCGGCACCGGCCAAAGGCCCGAGCCGCAGAGGAACCGCAGGGAGGUCAGGCUACUCGACCUGAACGUGCAGUACUAUCCCUGUAAGAUCUGCGGGUGCAAGUUCCCCAGCUACUACUUCGUCCACAAACACCGGAAACUGUGCCACGCGAACGAGAGGCCGCAGCCGGAGGAGGCCGGCGGAACCGGCGAGGAUCAGGAGUCGAACACCGCCACCGCGACCAACGAGAAACCGUGAACGUCCGCGAGAACAAGGAAUUCUACGCUUCCGAGGAACAGGAGCUUCGUUCGAGCAAAACAUUUAUCGCCACCGAAUGUUUCGACGACGACGUUGUAUCGCAGAAACUAGCUACAAUGACUUCCGUAAAAUAAUGAAUCAUUGUAAAACCGAAUUAAUUAAAGUACCGUCAUGGAAAGUGUCGCUCUGGCUAUACAUUACCGAUUGUGCAUACCGUUCCAAGUCCUUCCAAAAUUUAGAAUAAGAAAGUGAAUUUGUAGAUCAAUGUAUUCAAGGAUAAUACCAAUUCAUUCGAGGACUACGUUUCUCCAAAUCAGACAUUGUAAAACAUUGAUUGUAAUUAGUACAAUAGACUAAACACCUAUUAUAAUAGACGCAAAAUAGAAGAAAACAUCUUUAAUCGUA